AUGUAUGCUUUCGCUGCUGGACAAGUCAUUACAAUGAACGUAGCUGGUCGGAUUAGAUUUCAUGGAACAAUCAAUAUCUCGAAUCCGACAGCUUGGGUGGAAUAUGUUAGUUUUUAUGUAUGUGUAGAUGAAUGUAAACUUCGCUCGUCUUGCUCGGCCGUAAAUUACCACCGAUUUUACAACCUAUGCCAACUGAACCUAGAGCCUAAUCCAAGAGUAAUUCCGACCAACGAAAGAGGUCUUCUAUACUGGAUAAAAACAGCACCAGAGGACUCUGUAGAGUGCGGCAUACACUCCUGUAAGCCAGGAUCUGUAUGCAAUAUUCAGACAAACGAGUGUGAAGUAAAGGAAUGUUCGUCAUUACCAAUUGCUAAUAACACUAUCACCCUCGGUAACGUGAACGCAAUCGGAGCAAAGGUCAAGAUGCGGUGUAAGGAAGGAUUCGUUUCAAACAGACGGACAGCCAUCACUUUAACUUGUGGAAAGAGCGGAUCUUGGAGUUCAGACCCUUUGAUUUGCCUGCGAGAUUGUCCAAAUGGGUGGCUGUAUAACGAGGGCUUCUGUUAUUUCUUUGGACAAACGCCUCUUUCUUUUGCAGCUUCUAAGAGCUUUUGUAAAAUCAGCGGCGGUCAUCUUGUCUAUAUCAAUGACGCUUCAGAAAACACAUUCAUCAAAGACAAGGCUCGUCAAAUGACACCUGAACAAUACUGGUGGAUUGGUAUUACUAACAAUGCAGUCGAGGGGGUUUGGACCAUGAUCGAUGGCUCGGAGGUCACUUUUACUGAUUGGGAUAUACGCGAGCCGAAUGGUGACGGAGACUGUGCCCAUCUGAUGUACCAGUAUGACUUCCAAUGGAAUGACAUUUCGUGUACUACACAGUACCAACUUUAUCCCAUAUGUGAAAAGUAAUUUACCAACAUGAUUGGCCAAUGACACAUUUCAAUCAUAAAUGUGAUUUAAAGGCAACACAUGCGUUUUUGCUCGCCUGACAUUUACAGUGAACAUGGCCGUGCUGGAAAAUUCCAUUUCACACCCCUCUGUGAGAUGUGUCGUGCGCAAUAACACUCCAUUUUUUCUUUUUAUUAUUUAGUUGAUGGAAACCUAACUAUGUCAUCAUAAUAUUGAACAUUUGCUGUUUUAGUCAUACUUUGAACAUAUUAUUUUUUC